AUGUGUCGUCUGCGAAACAAACUAUCGCGUUUCGCUCAAAAUUCUCAAUUUUCUCAAUUUUCUCUCACAUUAGAUAAAAAUCUAUUUAAUUUAUUUUCAAUAAAUAAAUUAUCAAGAACAAGGAUAAGAUUAAUUUCUACGGAUUCAAUUGUAGGUGACGAAAUAUCACAAAGAUUAAAUAAACCUGAAAUAAAACUUCCUAAAUUUAAUAGAGUUGAAACACAUGAAGGAUAUAGAAUUGUAGCUGGUAUAGUUUUAACUCGUUCACCUAUUAUCCUUAGAGAUCCUCAUCCAUUUGAAAGAGAAUAUUAUAUUUAUCAACAAAGGUUAGAACAAUUACAUGCGGCACCUUUUCCAGUAGAUUUUUAUUUUAAAAAAGGUAGUGUGGCAGAAAAGAAAUGGAGAGAACGUAAAGCGAAAGAAUGGUCAGAAUCUUUAUCAUCAUUUAGUGGAACAAAAGAUAUAAUUGUAAAAAAAGAUGAUAAUGAUGUGGAUUUAAGUGAUACAAA